AUGGGUGAAAAAGAUCCUGAUACAGUUAUAUCUGUUCAAGUUGAUUCAGACGGUGUUCUGCAGUUUCUUUUACUAACAAGUGGAGAUAUGCAGCAGGUGUUCGAUAUGUUUCCUGAAGUGCUAUUGAUUGACUGCACAUAUUGCACAAACAAAUUAAGAAUGCCUUUAUUCACUCUGUUAGUUGAGGAUGGAAAUGGAACAGGUCAGGCUGUUGGUUAUGCUUUCAUUGCACAAGAAACUGAAAACACUCUGCAUGAUGUGUUUUCAGAAAUUGAACUUAUACUGAAUCUUAACCAAGUAAAGGUUGUCAUUCUUGACAAGGACCUGAAAGAAAUAGGUGCAGUUUCCAAGGUUAUGCCUACAGCAGAAAUCCAACUGUGUUUAGCUAGUAUAGAAAAAGAUAAUCUAAAAAAAAUAUUUAAAUUGCUUGUGUAUGCAAAAUCAAAGAAAUUGUUUGAUAUAAAUUUGGGUCAUCUUGCUACAGUUGCACCAGAAGUUGUAAUGGCAUACUAUAACAAAAAUUGGGGCUUGCCACACCAAGUUAAGUAUUGGGCAUACUAUGAAACUAUCAAGUAUGUUAAUCUUGGUAAUACAACAAAUAACAGGUCCGAGUCCCAUAACCAAAAAAUUAAAAACAUAUUGUCUAGGAAAAUGUCUUUAGCAGAGGCAGUAAAAGGUAUCCUUUUGUUACAUACUUGUAAAUUUGAACAAAUGGCUCAUAUUGAGUUUAAUCAAUCUUUUAAAGAGCCAUAUAGAUUAGGUACUGAUGAAGAUGUAGUUACAGAUGAUAUUGUAAAAGUUCUAACUCAAUAUGCUGCUGGAAUUGUAAUUGCAGAAUUAAAAAAGUCUUGCACAGAUUUGUUAGUGUUAAAUAAAGUAUGUUCGUGUCCUUUGCAGGUUACUAUGAAACUUCCUUGCCGACAUACAAUGGCAGUGAAAAUAGUAAAUGGUGAUGCUAUUUUUAAAGCAGAUGAUGCAGGAGAGCGAUGGCAUUUAAGCUAUCAAAAAAAAAGUUGGCUUUCUCGUAAGACCAGAAGUUUGCAUAAUCAGGCUAAAAAUGUUUUUCAUUUUUAA